AUCCUGCCUGCACUCGUGAUGAUGAGGGACCUGGUUCUUGCAGGCAUGCUGGUUAGCCUGGCUUUCCUGUCCCUGCUGCCAUCUGGAUGUCCUCAGCAGACCACAGAGGACGCCUGUUCUGUGCAGAUUCUUGUCCCCGGCCUCAAAGGGGAUGCAGGAGAAAAGGGAGACAAAGGAGCCCCAGGACGCCCGGGAAGAGUCGGCCCUACAGGAGAAAAAGGAGACAUGGGGGACAAAGGACAGAAAGGCACUGUGGGCCGCCAUGGAAAAAUUGGUCCCAUUGGCGCAAAAGGUGAAAAAGGAGAUUCUGGUGACAUCGGACCCCCUGGUCCCAGUGGAGAACCUGGUAUUCCAUGUGAGUGCAGUCAGCUGAGGAAGGCUAUUGGGGAGAUGGACAACCAGGUCACUCAACUGACAACUGAGCUAAAAUUCAUAAAAAAUGCUGUUGCUGGUGUGCGCGAGACUGAGAGCAAGAUCUACCUGCUGGUGAAGGAGGAGAAGCGGUACGCAGAUGCCCAGCUGUCCUGCCAAGGCCGAGGAGGCACACUGAGCAUGCCCAAAGACGAGGCAGCCAAUGGCCUGAUGGCUUCAUACCUGGCACAGGCCGGCCUGGCCCGUGUCUUCAUCGGCAUCAAUGACCUGGAGAGAGAAGGUGCUUUCGUGUACUCGGACCGCUCCCCCAUGCAGACCUUCAACAAGUGGCGCAGCGGAGAGCCCAACAACGCCUAUGAUGAGGAGGACUGUGUGGAGAUGGUGGCCUCGGGUGGCUGGAACGAUGUGGCCUGCCACAUUACCAUGUACUUCAUGUGCGAGUUUGACAAAGAGAACUUGUGA